AUGCUGGCGUCCAGGGUCUGGUCUAGGUCCGCGCCGCAGUCCUCGCGCGCUUUGGCUUCCGCAGCGGCCUCGGCGGCGAGGUCCCUUCUACUGAGGUCCGGCAUGCAGCUCUCCCGGGCUCCUCCCGGUCUCGCAGAGCGGCCCUGCGCCCGGAUAGCUGAGGCUGAUGCGCCGCCGCUGUGCUCUUCUUCAGGCCAUUCACGAUUUCAGAACUUUGAGCUGGAAGAAGGAGAACAUGCCUGCAGAAGACGCACAUAUCAAAGACAUCCAGUGUCUAAUCGAGCCACGCCUGUCGGAGGGAACCGUCAUGUUCUUUAUGCAAGUUAUCUUUCACAGAACCAACAGAACUACAGAUCUUUUUCGGCUUCGUCCGACCAAGAGAGGAUAGAAGCUGCAAACAGGAUAAUACAUGGUCUGCCAAGGUGUGUGAAAAUUGUAGAAGUUGGGCCUCGAGAUGGACUGCAGAACGAAAAAAAUACAGUGCCAACACCUGUAAAGAUUGAGCUCAUAAAGAGAUUGGCAACCUCUGGAUUAUCAGUUGUUGAGGCAACAAGUUUUGUCUCCCCAAAAUGGGUGCCACAGCUAGCUGAUGCGAGGGAUGUUAUGGAAGUGGUUCGGAAUAUUACGGGUGUAAGCUUUCUUGUAUUGACCCCAAACCUUAAGGGAUUUGAAGCAGCAGCUGCAGCAGGUGCCAAAGAAGUUGCAAUAUUUGCGUCAGCUUCUGAAGCAUUUUCAAAGUCAAACAUAAACUGUUCAAUUAAAGAGAGCCUUGUUCGCUAUAAUGAUGUUGCUCUUGCAGCAAAAAAGCGAGAAAUUCCUGUACGAGGGUAUGUUUCUUGUGUGGUUGGAUGCCCAGUAGAAGGAUCAGUACCACCUUCAAAUGUAGCUUAUGUUGCCAAAGAGCUUUAUGACAUGGGCUGCUACGAGGUUUCGCUUGGUGAUACGAUUGGAGUAGGUACCCCAGGCACAGUUGUACCAAUGCUUGAGGCAGUUAUGUCCGUCGUUCCCGUGGAAAAGCUUGCUGUCCAUUUCCACGACACCUACGGGCAGUCUCUUUCAAACAUCCUCGUCUCUCUCCAGAUGGGUAUUAGUGUCGUGGACUCCUCCGUUGCGGGCCUUGGUGGCUGCCCAUAUGCAAAGGGCGCAUCAGGGAAUGUUGCUACUGAGGACGUAGUGUACAUGCUGAAUGGGUUGGGGAUCAAGACAGGCGUCGAUCUAAGCAAGGUGAUCUCAGCCGGCGAGUUCAUCUGCAAGCAUCUGGGGCGCCAGUCUGGGUCCAAGGCAGCUACUGCCUUGAGCAAGGUUACCGCGAGCGUCUCAAAGCUAUGA